GCCGUGGCAGCCGAAAUCCUCAAGGUGAGAGUGACCGUGUGAAGUCCGUUUUCAUUCCCGCUGUCACAUGUACAACGUCCGCAUUCGCAUUAACGGUAGAGCUAAUCAUAGCAGGAGUGCCACUGGUAGGUCUAAUUGACACAGGGGCAUGUAGGAGCCUAGUCCGAGCUAACAUAACUAAAUCUCUGUCAGAUUGUGUGUGGACACCAUGCCGCUAUCGUCUGACCGCUGCUAAUGGGGAACCGCUGUCUGUUCGGGAAUCUAUCACUGCUCAGGUACACAUUGCUAAUGAGAAGUUCCGCCACGAGUUUAUUGUCGCUGAUAACAUCCCAUUUUCGGUAAUCAUUGGAAUGGAUUUAUUGAAGCGUCUGAGAUGUCACUUAGAUCUAGACAAAUGCCAGUUGAUCACCGACAAUUGCGUUGUAUUGCUCAGACAAGGCCAGGCCGACAGUCUUGAAACGUUUACGAUUUGUGGGAGCUCCUCUGACGAGGAAGACCGGGUAGACACGUUUAUCCGCUCACUCGAUUUGCCAACGGACGAGCGAACGUUAGGAAAGCUCAAAGAAGUGUUGCUAGCCCACUCUGAUGCAUUCGCCUGGCAGACAGGAGACCUGGGCCGCACCAGCGUCGUGAAACACCUAAUCGACACGGGGAACACGACCCCGAUUAAGAAUCACCCAAGACGGAUCCCAGUGCACUGGCAAGGCGAGCUGCAAAAGCUCAUAGGCGACAUGUUGAAAAAGGAAGUUAUACGACCCUCUACUUCUCCAUGGGCAUCCCCAGUCGUCUUGGUAAAGAAGAAAGACGGUGGUUUUAGGCUGUGUGUUGAUUAUAGGCGGCUAAACGAAGUCACGCGGAAAGAUGCAUACCCACUGCCCAGAAUUGAUGACCUUUUCGACGCGCUCGGAGGAUCAGCUUAUUUCAGCACGUUAGAUUUGGUGUCUGGUUAUUGGCAAGUGGAGGUUGAAGAGAGUGAUCGAGCGAAGACAGCCUUUGUAGUCCCUUCAGGCCUUUAUGAGUUUCAAACAAUGCCUUUCGGCCUAUCAAACGCUCCUGCAACAUUUCAACGCCUUAUGCAGAAAGUGCUUCAGGAUUUAAUUCCUCACAAGUGUCUCGUCUAUCUGGACGAUGUCAUCGUACAUGGGAGAACGAAGGAGGAACAUCUAAGCAAUCUAGCUGAAGUGUUAACGUGUCUAAUCAAGGUAGGUUUGAAACUCCAACCAAAAAAUGUCGCUUACUACAAGAAGAAGUUACCUAUCUCGGACACAUCAUCUCUAGAGCAGGCAUCCGGACAGAUCCGCGCAAGACAGAUCAGAUAAAGGCGUGGCCAAUUCCCACUAAUGCCGAGGAGUUACGCAGUUUCUUAGGACUGGCAUCAUACUACCGUCGAUUCAUAAAAGGGUUUUCGGAAGUCGCAGCCCCUUUAAACGCGUUGUUGCAGAAUAAUCGCAAUUUCGAUUGGACUGUCGAAUGUCAAACGAGCUUCGAUCGAUUGCGUGAGUCUCUGUGUACCGCCCCGAUGUUAAUCUUCCCCGACUUGUCACCACACGCUGGGGAGUUUAUCUUGGACACGGAUGCCAGCGAUCAAGCCAUUGGAGCGGUUUUGUCACAAAAAGGGCGGGAUGGCAUAGAGAGAGUGGUUUCAUACAGUAGUAGAAGCCUUACGUCAAGAGAAAGAAAUUACUGUACGACAAGGAAAGAAAUGUUGGCGUUGGUGUUUUUCAUAAAACAAAAUCGGCACUACCUUUUAGGAAGAAAAUUCUUAGUACGGACUGAUCACCAAUCACUCAGGUGGUUGCAAAACUUCAGGGACCCUGAGGGGCAGAUUGCUCGAUGGCAGGAGCAGCUACAGGAGUAUGAGUUCGAAUGUCACCAUCGGCCUGGGAAACUACACGGCAACGCGGACGCGCUAUCGAGGAUUCCGUCUCGAGAUCACGGAAACUGUCCUUCCUGCAUUACGCAACACGUAGCGCUAGUCAACCUACAAAAAGCCGAGUAUGGCCGUUGGCAAGAGGCACAGGCUUCGGACCCAGACAUAUCACUUAUCUACCACGAGCGGCGCUCGGGAAGGGACAAACCAGCUCCGAAAGAAAUGGAAGGGAAAAGCUACGAGGCCCGGUGCUUGUGGGCGAUGUGGGAUAAACUCGCCAUCGAAGAGGGUGUGUUGGUCUUCGAUUUCGGCCCCACGUACCUGAGGAGGAUCGUAGUUCCACAGGCGUUAGUUACGGAAGUGCUGUCGGAACUGCACCAACAGCUGGGACACGCUGGAAUCAAUAAACUCGAAUCGGCGGCGCGUCGACGAUUUUGGUGGCCGCAUCAACGAAGAGACAUUGUCAACUUCUGCCAAACUUGCGAAAGAUGCGCGACGUUCAAAAAUCCGCCUAUUGCUCAUAGGGCACCAUUACAAUCCAUGACAGCAGGUUACCCGAACGAAAUAGUUGGAGUAGACCUCGUUGGUCCACUACCGGAAACGCCGAGAGGGAAUCGCUACAUUCUAGUCAUGGUAGACUACUUCACCAAAUGGUGCGAAGCCGUGCCAAUCGCGCAGGCUGAUACUCUCACUGUGGCAACAGCGAUGACUAACCACUGGGUUUGCCAAUGGGGAGCGCCUGGGCAAUUGCAUUCCGAUAGGGGAUCAUGUUUCGAAAGCUCACUGGUCCAGGAGAUGUGCAGAGCACUCGGUAUUGAUAAAACGCGAACAACGGCCUACCAUCCACAAGGGAACGGACAGGUUGAACGUACGAAUCGGUCGUUGAAGUCACUCUUGAAGGCGUUCGUGGACCAGAACAUUUACGAGUGGGACACGUUGUUGCCUAAAUGCUUAUUGGCCUAUCGCAGUACGGUCCACUCUUCUACCGGACAAACGCCGUCGUUUAUGUGGACGGGUAGAGAAGUUCGGUUGCCCUCGGAUGUCCGAUUACCGAGAUCACAACAGGUGUACCCGUCGGUCGUUGAAUACGUCAGUAAACUCCUUGACUCCGUUCGACGCACACACGAAGCGGCACGCAUCCAUUUGGCGAACGCUCAACGGCGACAGAAGGAAUACUACGACAAGAAGGUCUUCGGUGUCCCGUUGAAAGCAGGCGACCUCGUAUAUUUGCAUCAGGCACCGGUAUCCGGAAUACCAGCGAAGCUGCAUCGUGAGUGGGCUGGCCCCUACGUGGUAGACCGAAUAAUAUCUGAUCUGACUUGUGUGAUUAGGGACCCAAAGAACGCCGUUGGGCCGCACAUGGUCGUACACUUUAAUCGGCUUAAACCUUUCCAUAUCGAAUCUGAGCAUUCGGAUGAGGAGCACCACAAUGAGCCACCGACAGAAGUAGCCACCGAAGUUGAAGUACCAGCUCAAGGGGGCUUUGGUGUGGCAACGGGGACGUUGCCUACAUAGAAGGGGUGCGGUGUAAAGAGUGAUCGAAACUAGUUUGGCGCGUGGUUGAAUUUAAAUCGUUGCUCUGACGGCACCUUUUCUGUCUGCCUUUCAGAAAGACACUCCUGCGCAAUUAUUGAAGAAGGACAAAAACCUGAAGCGAACAGUUGACUAGCCUACGUGUUGGGUAAUAGACAUUCCGUCUC